UCCAAUGCAUAGCCUUCUAGCUUACUGCGUUCUGUCUGCCGGUCUAUAUUCGAUUCAUGUAGUUGGCCAGGACAUUAAUCAAACCAUUGAUGUGGAAAAGCUAGCCAAAAUAGUGCUGCCCUCGGAUCAAGAGACCCGCGUUAUUGGCGGUCAGGUGACUACGAACUCAAAGUUGGGUGGCUAUCUAAUGGCACUGCUAUACGAGAAAGAAUUUGUUUGCGGCGGCACUUUGCUGCGGGAACUCAUUGUCCUGACGGCAGCCCAUUGCUUUUUGGGCCGAAUGGAUAUUCACGAUUGGGUUGUGGUUGGCGGCAUUUCGAGACUUGACCAAAAAGGUAUACGCCGCCAAGUAAAGGACUUUAUUGUGUCCGAUAAGUUUAAAGAGGAAGACAUGAAUAUGGAUGUUGCUGUGAUGCUGCUGAAAAGUCCUAUGAAGGGCAAAGAUAUCGGAAAACUAGCGUUAUGUUCUACGGCCCUUAAACCUGGCAUCGAUCUGAAAGUUUCCGGUUGGGGAAUGACUGUUGCCAAAGGCAUAGGAGCACAGACAUUGUUGCGCACUGUUACAGUGCCCAUUAUUAACAAGAGGAACUGUCGAGCUGCCUAUCAGCCAAUGGCCGAAAUAACAGACAGUAUGAUAUGCGCUGCAGUCCUUGGAAAAAAAGAUGCAUGCACCUUCGACUCUGGUGGUCCGUUGGUGUACAAAAAGCAGGUUUGCGGCAUUGUGUCCUUUGGCAUUGGAUGUGCUAGCAGACGUUAUCCUGGCGUCUAUACGAAUGUCAUUCACGUGAAACCAUUUAUCGAGCAGAGCAUUAAGACCUUGCUUGCAAAGACUUAAAUAAAAACUGAAUUCAUAAAACGAA